AUGAUAGCUAGCCGCUGCCAAUUUUGUCUGCGAAUCGCUGACACAGUUUUGUCCAGUUCCCAUCUCUCGCGGUUUGGGAGCUCUCAUUCGGAUAUGGUUGCCACGGAACCGGAGAGACCACUGCGAAGUCACAGUUCACAUAAAAAGUGGAUCGAGAUGACGACAUCCCCAUCGGUUACAGUGAAUGCUGUUCACAAGGUCACAUCACGUCGUACCACCUGUAUGCUUCGUGCAUGGCUUCGAGAACACAAAGCCAAUCCGUAUCCAACCAAAGGGGAGAAAAUUAUGCUGGCCGUGAUCACUGAAAUGUCACUUACCCAAAUUUCCACUUGGUUUGCUAAUGCCAGAAGAAGAUUGAAAAAAGAAAAUCAACUCUGUUGGAACAAACGUGGACGUCCUCCAAAUGAUGCCGGGGAAAGAAAAGCUCAUCAGUUUCGACAACUCGGUUUGCCCAUCAGAAAUGAUGAGAUUCGCAAGAAAUCUGGAAGCACUACUGCACGACCUGGUUUGGAUACCAUUCAGCACAACUCCAGGAUACAAACCGAUUCAUUUAUUCCCAACUUCAACCGAGCCCGUCUGUUUUCAGAUGAAACAGAAACACAGAUCGACCGAUCUAACAACAGUCCUAGUUUGGAAUCCCUCCCUGAGUGGUACCUGAAUCGCUUGAAUUGGAAACAUCAGAGACAAGCGGAUAAAUUAUGUGAUAGUACUGGAAAUCCCCGAUCAGAAUUUUCGUGUUUAAAAUCGCAUAAACUUGAAGAGUCUUCACGAUUUUCCACGUACAUGACUGAGUCCCUCGGACAGUGCGCCCCGGAAAAAGUACAGCUCCUUCCAUCACAGACGCACUCGCAGUGCUCACCGUUUUCCCCCGAUCAUCUGUCCAAUCCUCUCAUACUUCCUCACCCCAAGAUCUUUUGGGAUGAAGGAAGAUCAAAUUGUUAUGGAAUACUUCAGCGGUAUUUGGCCUCAGCUAGUACGAACUGGAAUUGUAGUCGGACCACAUUUCAGCGUCUGUACGCACUGUUUUUUCAAUAUUAUCAGGAAGAUCUCGUUAGAAAUAAUUCAUCUGAACCGGACCGCACCAUAGAUUCGAUUCAUGUGUCGGAUUUUCAAAACAAUUCAAAUAAUUAUGGUGAAUAUUUAUCCAUCAACCCAAAAGACGAUCAUAGCAAUGGUGCAAACUACCCAUCCUAUUCGGUUCCUUUCUUGAAUCAAACGAAUAAAGAAUUAAACAUUCAGUGA